GGAGAACGUUCGUUUUCAAGGAGCCCGCGAGUAGUGAGUGAGUGAAUCCGCGGAGGGCGCGCAGAGACGAAGAAGAAGAGAGGAGCGACGACAGUAAGUCUACCAAGCAAAGAGGCCGAUCCGAUCCGCGUCGCUGCCAUUCUGCCUUUACACCUCCUCUACCUACUUACGAGCUGUGACGACGACGACGACAACGAUUACCACGACGACGACGACGACGACGACGACGACGGCGACGACGAAGGACUUCUCCACGAGGAGGACUUCUAUAAGCGUCAGAGUCGCGCGCGACGCCAGUGUGCGAAAGUCUUAAACCGAGAAGAGUCGUCCUCAUUAUUUUCAAUUUUUAUUUUUUCUUACUUAAAAAACAAAAAAAAAAUAAUAAUAAUAACACGCAGAGAGUUGUUGGGUUAUAAUUCUCGUGUGGGCCGUUGGCGUUUCCUAAUUUACGCGAGUAACCGCGAAAUCCGGGCCCUGUUGAGAAGAGAGGAGUGAUGAUCGAGGUGUUGUGCGUCCGUCUACGACCACCGUUUUUACCACCCGGAUUUUACGCGAAGUGCCCGUUGAGAUGUGAUCCGCAAGUCCGCUGAAAAAAGUGCUCAACGAGAGAGAGAAAGAGAGACAACAAAACCCUCCCGAAAAUAAGAGGAUUUAGAACAAAAUCUAAAUAGGAUUAUAACGAAGAUAUUGGACCAAAAACAAAUAAGGUUUCAUUCAACAAUGCAUUAUCCGAUAUACUACUGGCUAUUAUUGGUGGCGUUUUUCGUGGAAUUAACGCGGAGCUCCGCGUCCCAAUCGACACCACCUUCAUCAAAAGAAGUUUUAGCCGAAGUCGAAACGGGUUUAAUGUCACUUUUUGGAUUUAAAAAGAGACCUAGCAACGUGGACAGAUCAAAAGUGAUAAUACCUCCCGCCCUUUUGGAAUUAUAUCAAAAACACAUGUCUGGGCAUAGAGAUACGGUGGCGAUUGCAAAACCUGGUCUUAAUACAAGAAAUGCUAACACCGUGCGCAGUUUUACGCAUAUAGAGAGCGCGGACGACGCCAAGUUUCCAGGCCACCAUAAGUUUCGGUACAAAUUCGACAUCAAAUCGAUACCGAAAAACGAAAAACUGAAAGCAGCCGAAAUCGUGGUUCAUCGAGACAUCAUCGAUCGCACCCCGGAAUCCGACGAAAUCUACCAAAGGAUUAUUGUUACGGAUAUUAUUAGACCCGGAAUACGUGGGAAAAGCGACCCCAUAACCAGGAUUAUCGAUAGUAAAUUGGUGGAUGUUACACAAAAUUCAUCGAUUAGUUUAGAUGUGUUCCCCGUUAUUCAACGAUGGAAGGAUUUUCCAAAAAGUAAUUAUGGUUUAGUUAUUUCCGUUUAUAGAGUUGGUGGUAUCAAAGAAAAAUCGAAAAAGAAAUUAUUAAAACACGUACGAUUAAGACGAGAUGUUGGGGAGAGUGAUGAAAAUUGGUCAAUAAAAGAGCCAGUUUUAUUUACGUACACCGAUGAUGGUAAAUACGGUGAUGUAACAGGCGAAGAAAUCUUAGAGAAAAGGGUAAAAAGAGCUGCUAGAAAAGGAAAACGUAGAAAGGAACAAGAACCGUGUAAGAGAUACCCGAUGUUUGUUGAUUUUAAAGAGGUCGGUUGGGAAUCUUGGAUUGUUGCACCACCUGGUUAUGAUGCUUAUUAUUGUCAUGGAGAGUGUAGUUACCCAUUAGCGGAACAUAUGAAUACCACCAACCAUGCCAUCAUUCAAACGAUAGUUAAUUCUGUUAAUCCUUCGAGUGUACCAAAAGCAUGUUGUGUACCAACGUCGCUUAAUAGUAUAUCAAUGUUGUAUUUGGACGACGACGAUAAAAAAGUAGUUUUGAAAAAUUACAAAGAAAUGACAGUGGUAGGUUGUGGUUGUCGGUAGUGGUUUUCAGUGUCUGUGAUUCAAAAAUAAAACUAAUUAACCGAUAAAAAUAAAACUUUUUGAAUGAAAUAGAUUAUUCCAGUGAAACCUGAAGACUCUUCAAUAUUUAUGAAUUUUUAUUGUCUAAUGAAUUAAGUGUAAGUCUUAUUAUUUCUGCGGCAAAAGUCGCGCGAAACCCGUCUGUGAUUGUAGUUUUUAACGUGUUAUAAUGAUAAAAUAUGUUUUUUUUUCAUUUUUUAAACUGUGUAAUGUAACAGAAUUUGUAGCAACCGUUUUUGAACGGUUCACGAGCACGACGCGUGAGCUCGAGUUGUUGUGAAAGUUCGUCGCAGAACACUUCUUACCUUACGCCCGACAAUGUUUCUGUCAAAUUGCUCCUAAUUAACACCUUUACUUGUCUUGAAGGGAACUUAAAAUAACGCUGGACGAUAUUUUUGUUUUACCGUAAGGAGAAAUACCAAAAAUGUUGAAAUUUAAUCGUUUUUGAACGUUCCUCUUAAAAAGAAAUAACAUUUUUGGUAUAAUAUUAAUUUGAACGCUGUUAACGCUAUUUUUUCAGUCAUGCUGUAAAGUAAUUUAAACGUACCUGCUAAGGAUAUUUAUUUUUAUUUGUUUAGUGAUCGUGUGCAUAUUGUACAGUUAAUAUAUAUAGCGAAAUUAUUUUUAAACGUUGUACUAAAAGAACCCGCUCUUACUAUUUUUUCACUUCACCUUUUUUAUUUUAAUCGAUAAACGAUUAAAAAGAUUUUUUUGUACAGACUGUAUAUAUGAUU